GAAUGAGGAAUGUGAAUGUUCACUAUGCAAAAGUGUUAUGACAUUUUUUGAAUUGUUAAGUGUUAAUCUGGUGUUAAUGUAGUUAAUAUGUGAAAAACUUUUUGUCAUUCCUCAUUAAAUAACCAAAAAUGCACAGCCAACCAAAGCCAAAAAACCCGUGGAACCAAAAUAUUCAAAACCAACCAAAAAAGAACAAAAAUAAGAAUUUGCCUACACCGGGUGAAGUAAAAUUUAAAGAAGCUCAGGCUAAACUACAAGCCUCUGUAAAGAAACAUGUUAAGGAAUACGAAUCAUCAUCAGAUGAAGAAGAAUUGGAAUCUGCUACUUUAAUAGACUCAAUUUUGAAGAACUAUAGAACUGGAAAUGGAGAAGAAGAGAGCAUUGAGAAGACACAAACCUUUCUUCAAGAGACAUUUCUCUCUGGAGCAGCCACAUGUUUGAUAUGUAUUUCUAGGGUCAGAAAGGAAGAUCAGAUAUGGACUUGUAUAAACUGCUAUGGAUAUUUCCACCUAAUGUGUGUUCAAAGAUGGUCAAAAGACACUGUCACACAACUGAAACAUGCUGCCCAAGAACAAAUUAUAGUGAAACAACAAAAACUUUGCUGGUGUUGUCCAAAGUGUAGACAUGAAUAUGAUCCUCGAGAUAUUCCUUUGAAAUAUUUGUGUUUUUGUGCUAAAACUGAGAAUCCAAAAUAUGAUCCUUAUAUUGCGCCUCAUUCUUGUGGGCAAAUUUGCAAAAAGCCUUUGAAACCAGAUUGUGGACAUCAUUGCUUAUUACUCUGUCAUCCAGGUCCUUGUCCACCCUGUCCAGUAACUGUGAAUGUUUCCUGCUACUGCGGUCGACAACAGCCCAGAACACAAAGAUGCAGCAAAAAGGAAUGGUCUUGUAAUGACGUUUGUAACAAACCUCUCGAAUGCAGCAAACAUAACUGCCCCAAUCCUUGUCAUCCUGGGGAGUGUCAACCGUGUCCAAAGAAGAGUAUACAAAAGUGUAUUUGUAAGGCUCAACAAAAACUUCGUGAGUGUGCUAGUCCUGUAUGGCAGUGUGACAAGGUAUGUAAUAAACCACUGGAAUGUGGUUACCAUAAAUGCGAAGAGAUUUGCCACGAGGGCGUCUGUGAUAUGUGCCCAUUGGCAAAACUUCGAACUUGUCCGUGUGGAAAAACUACAUACCAGUUGCCUUGCACUCAAGAAACGCCCACCUGUCCAGAUACUUGCGAUAAAGUACUAGAUUGUGGCGUUCACGGUUGUAAUUUAAAAUGUCAUAGAGAAAAGUGCGGUGUGUGUCUUGAAACGGUGGAAAAAUCCUGCAGGUGCGGUCAACAUACCAAAGAAGUCCAGUGCUAUAAACCAUAUUUAUGUGAAGUUAAAUGCAAACAAAUGAAGGAUUGUAACAAACAUCCAUGUAAUAGAAAGUGCUGCGACGGAAACUGUCCACCUUGCGAAAAACCUUGUGGUAAAACUUUAAACUGCGGCAACCACAAAUGCAGUUCAGUGUGCCACCGAGGACCCUGUUAUCCUUGCAGUGAAACUGAUAUCGUCACGUGUAAAUGCGGAGCUACCAAGAUAUCUGUUCCUUGCGGUCGUAAACAUAAAACCAAGCCUCCGAAAUGCGCCAAGUUAUGUCUGACUCCACCUGAUUGCCAUCACGAAAAAAGGGAUUCCCACAGGUGCCACUUCGGCGAUUGCCCUCCGUGCCGACAAAUCUGCAACAAAAUCCAUAAUAAAUGUUCACACUCGUGUCCUGUCACCUGUCACUCCGCCGUUCUUGUCAAAAUUGAAGGGCAAAAAGCGUCCAUGCCUUGGGAACAAGUCAAGCCUCAAGUUGUAAGAAGAGAAUUAACGUGUCCGGACUGCGUUGUUAAAGUUCCUGUGACUUGUUUAGGUGAGCACGAGACUUCAGAUUGGCCGUGUUAUUUGUCAAAGCCUUCCAGUUGUCAUCGACAGUGCGGUAGAAUCCUAGAUUGCGGUAAUCAUCGUUGUACUUGGUUGUGUCAUACAGUAAAAGAUGCUCCAGAUAAUAUUAAGGCUGGAACAAAUUGCGAGAAAUGCGAGAAUAGUUGCAGCAAACAACGCCCCGAGGGUUGUGUACAUACAUGCCCGAAACCAUGUCAUCCUGGAGGCUGUCCACCUUGCAAAAUAAUGAUUAGAAUCAAAUGCCACUGUGGACUUAAUCAGCCCUACGUCACUUGCGUUGAUUGGUUGAACGAAGAGAAAAAAGUGGAGUUGCAGACGUGCGGUAACCAAUGUCCUAAAAAUUUUUGGGACUGGUUCGUCCACGUAUCAGAUGUACAAACCCUCUGGAAGCUCCAACCAACAUAUUUGAUCGUUCAAGCUGUUUAUUUUUUAGGAGCUCUUUUAACACUUAGCCAUGCCCUGAUUAAUAAAGGUAGACUACCAUAUCUAUGGAUCGGAAUAAUACUCCAUGGAAUUUACGUUGAAGUUAUAACAUAUUUUCUUCCCGAUAUUGACAACUUUUGGCAUUCACAAACCCCAAUUAUCUUCGUAGGGAGAAGAUUGCCCUUACAUAUUAUGCUUUUAUAUCCCUGUUUCAUCUACAACGCACAAAUCGCCGCAGCUAAACUGAAACUGCCAAAAUGGUCUGAACCUUUUUUGAUAGGCCUUCUAGUAGUCUUAAUCGAUUUACCAUAUGACAUCGUUUCCGUAAAAUACGUUCACUGGACCUGGCAUGAUACUGAUCCGAAUCUAUUUGAUAGGCACUACUGGGUACCUUGGAAUUCCUACUUUUUCCACACAACAUUCGCAGCCGGAUUUACCUUCUGGUUCCAUUUCCUUAGAGAAAAAAUUUGCGACAGUGGAGAUCGAUGGGCAGCAGACAAAAGCAUAUUCAAAGAAAUAAUAUGCACCAUUGUUCCUGCAGUCUUAGGAUUUCCAACAGGAGUCAUAGGUUUUAUUCUGAUCUACCAUCCACUUCAUGAUCUGUACAAUAUUCAUAGCGAAGUAACAUACAUAAUCCUAUUCGUUAUUUGCCUGCUAAUCUCUUGGACAGGUGAACGCCUAACGGCGCAUAGAGAAGGCGCUAAGAACGUGGUUGGCAAACUCCAUUGGAGUUCGUAUUUAACUCUGUUUCAUUUAAUUGUUCACUACGCUACGUUUAUGCUAGUCCUAAUAUUUUUCAAUCCAGAGGAUGAAGUAUCAAUAGGUCUGAAAGAGCCAAUUGGACCCUGUGAUGAGUACGUUCCGUUACAGACAGUAUUUGGACUAACUUUAAAGAAACGUAAAUGGUUAUGUCCGACCGACUACAAUGAAGACUAUUUCGAUUUCCACUGCUUACCGAACAAGAAAAUCCCGUCUAACGGUUCGAUGUGGUACACAAUUUGCGGCACACCGUUUGAGAACAGGGCCGAGUAUAUCGCAAUCAUAGGUCUAAUUUGCUUGAUGGCAGUUGGAGUUUUUGGAAAUUUAUAUUUCAGAUCCUAUGGUGACGCAGUAUUCGUGAAAAAAGUUGUUAAAGAUAAAAAUGAACUGAAAAAGAAACGCAAAUAAAAUGUUUUUUACCUUUUU